AAAAGCAGAGAGAAAAUGGAAAACGCGGCGAGCUUAGCGACGGGUCCCGACGGACGUAAACGGCGGGUGAGCUACUUCUUCGAGCCGGAGUUCGGCCAACCGAAAGAACCCUUCGCGAGCCACAUCGCUCACAACCUCAUCUUCAAACAUGGCCUCCAGCACCACAUGGAAAUCAACCGCCCAAUUCUCGCCGGCGCUUCCGAUUUCUUGCGAUUCCACACGCGGGACUAUGUCCAGUUCCUCGCCUCAGCCAAGCCGAUGUCCCUCAAGGAUCGUUCCGGCUACAUUGACGCCACUCGCUUCUUCAGCAAUAACGUGGCCCUGGCCAGGUACGGACCGUACGGUCCCGUCUUCCAUAGCAUCUUCGAUUAUUGCUGUGCGUACGUUGGCUGUUCUUUAAGCGCCGCCGCCAAAUUGAACCGUCGGGAAUCUGAUAUCGCCAUCAACUGGUCUGGCGGGAUGCACCGUGCCAAGAAUGAUAAGGGUUCUGAGUUUUGCUUCGUCAAUGACGUUGUCCUUGGGAUUCUCGAGUUGCUCAAGGCUUUCCAGAGAGUUCUCUACAUAGAUAUUGGCUGUCGCCGUGGGGAUGGAGUGGAAGAAGCAUUUUACGAUACUGAUAGAGUUAUGACUGUAUCUUUCCACACUGAUCAGGACACUUACACAUUUUUCCAAAGAAGUGAAGACAGGAGAGAGUUGUAUACUCUAAAUGCACCAUUAAAGAAUCAUCUCAAGGAUAAAAGUCUUCGCAACUUGUUCAGACCUGUUAUCACCAAGGCAAUGGAAGUUUAUCAGCCAGAAGUAAUUGUUCUUCAGUGUGGUGCUGAUUCAUUAGCUGAUGAUAUGGCGCCUAAGUUCAACUUGAAAAUCAAGGGUCACGGUGAUUGCCUCCAGUUCAUAAGAUCUUUUAAUGUUCCUCUCAUGGUCUUAGGUGGUGGUGGUUAUCAUUUUGAACUUGCUGCCCGUUGCUGGUGCUACGAGACAGCUAUUGCGGUUGGGGUUGGGGAACAACUUGAGAACGAUCUCAAAGUCAAUGAGUUUCAUUACAAGCCAAACUACAAGGAGGACUUAAACACACCAAGAGAUAUUGAGCUUAUAAGGAACGGAUUACUACGGCAACUUUCACAAAUAAUACACGUACCUAGCGUACAGUUUCAAAACACUCCACCAACCAGUCAAGCCACAGAACCGGCGGAAGUGGACAUGGAGAAGAGACAAGUUCCAAGCAAUCUGAGGCAAUCCAAGUUGUGAAUUAGAUGCUGAUGACUGAUGAGGAUUGGUAUUUUCUCAGAUAAGGCCAAUGGGGGUUAAUAUUUCAUAGGAAAGAGGAUUAUUCAUGCUUAGUUUCACCUUUUUGUGUGAGUUGUUUUACAUACAUGUAGAUAACGAAGAACGAUAGUUGUAUAAAAGCAUAGCACCUACACUAGUAAAGAACAACAUUGUGUG